CCGCUCGACGCUGUCCUUGGGACCGGAUCCUGACGGUAGUUUAAUCGAGUGGUUGAUCGCUGGCCCAGAUCCACUGCAGCCUUGGCUUCGUGCGAGUAUCCACGGUCUUUUCACCCCUGUCAACGGGGUUAAUUGUUUAUGCUACUUACACCGCCGCUGGCCUUGUUCUCUGCUGCUCGUUGCAACACCCACCACCUGCAACCUAUAUUCGAUGCCUAGCGGGCGGAACGAAAGCGGCUCGGAGUCUUUGUCUCGGAGGAGGCCAAACUUCUCCACGCGAACCGCCGAAGAAGAUGUUUCCAGACUGGCCCCCAGCGACUCGCCUUGCGCCUCGCCCGAGGAGACAAGCAAGUUCCCCAACCUGAGAGCUGCGCUUUCAUUUCGUCCCUACGAGCCAUUGAAUGUAUCGACUCGCUCAUCUGAGCGCCAACGCCACUCCCUGCCCUUCGAUUUCCUCAGUGGCCUCUCGCAAUGGGGGAAAAAGGAUAGAGAUGAAGAAGGGCAAGAUGCGCCACCGGAAAGAACGCGUCCUGGUGUCCCAAUGCCUGCAGGGCCACUCCGCGACUCAAGCACCAACCCGAAGGAAAAAGAGGAUCAAAAACACCGCGCAUCCGAUAGCGAUGAGAAGCUCGGAACGUUCUCUGGGGUUUUCGUCCCGACCACCCUGAAUGUCUUGAGUAUUCUUAUGUUCCUGCGGUUCGGGUUUAUCCUGGGACAAGCUGGUGUAUUGGGCAUGCUAGGUUUGCUCGUUGCUUCCUAUACCAUUAAUCUGGUAACUACAAUGUCUCUUUCGGCUAUUGCGACCAAUGGAACUGUUAAGGGAGGUGGCGCAUACUACCUGAUAUCUCGAUCACUGGGACCAGAGUUCGGCGGCUCUAUCGGAAUAGUGUUCUACCUGGGUUAUGUGUUGAACACAGGAAUGAACGCUGUUGGUCUUAUAGACUGCUUCACCCAAAAUUUCGGGUCGAAGUCUGGCACCUGGGCUAAUUUUCUCGAAGAAGGAUUCUGGUGGCAGUACCUCUGGGGAACCAUAGUCCUGGUGCUAUGCACUGGGAUUUGCUUGGCUGGUAGUUCGAUCUUCUCUAGGGCGAGCAACGGAUUAUUCAUCAUUUUACUCGUGGCUACUUUCAGCAUCCCUGUCUCUGCGUUGUUUAUGAAACCGUUUAACAUCCCGAAACUCGGAGUGAAUUUCACCGGUAUCCGGCUGCAGACGCUCUUGGAGAACCUCAAACCGAGGCUCACUAAAGGUGCUGCUGGAAGUCAGCUCAAAGGAAAAGAAAACUUUCAGGAUCUUUUUGGGAUCCUAUUCCCAGCGACUGGCGGGAUAUUUGCUGGUGCAAGCAUGUCCGGUGACUUGAAGAACCCCAGCAAGUCAAUCCCUAAAGGGACGCUCUCGGGGUUAGCUUUGACAUUCAUUACUUAUACCAUUGUGAUCCUUGCAAUGGCUGCCUCAGUAACAAGGGACUCGUUCUAUAAGAAUACCAACAUUGUCCAAGCCACCAAUCUCUCGGGUGUCGUUAUUCUUCUAGGAGAAUUUGCCACAUCUUUCUUCUCGUCUCUGAUGGGAGUCAUCGGCUCUGCAAAGCUUCUCCAGGCCAUCGCGCGGGAUAGUCUGCUUCCCGGCUUAAGUGUCUUUGGCAAAGGAACGAAGAAAAACGAUGAGCCGGUCUAUGCGAUUAUCGUGACUUUUGCAGUGGCCCAGCUCACAAUGCUCUUCGACAUCAAUCGCAUUGCAUCAUUCGUUACCAUGACAUAUCUCAUGACCUUUUUGGUCAUGAACCUCGCCUGUUUUCUGCUCAAAAUCGGAUCUGCACCCAAUUUUCGGCCAUCUUUCCAUUACUUCAAAUGGCAGACGGCGGCAACUGGCGCACUCGUGUGCGGAGCCAGCAUGUUCUUUGUCGAUGGUGUAUAUGCGACAGGUUGCGUUGCGAUCCUGUUCCUACUGUUCCUGCUGAUUCACUAUACCUCCCCGCCAAAGCCUUGGGGCGACGUCAGUCAAAGUUUGAUUUAUCAUCAAGUGCGCAAAUACUUGCUUCGGCUUCGUCAAGAGCACGUCAAAUUUUGGAGACCUCAGAUCCUUCUUUUCGUGACCAGCCUAGAUGAUCAGUUCAAAAUGGUCUCAUUCUGUAACUCUCUUAAGAAGGGAGCGUUGUUUGUGCUAGGUCAUGUUCUAGUUACCGAUGACUUUUCAUCUGCGGUCCCUGAAGCUCGCCGGCAGCAGAGUACUUGGACGAAGUUUGUGGAAAGCUCCAAAGUAAAAGCCUUCGUCAACAUUGCGAUAUCUCCUUCUCCUGAAUGGGGCAUCCGCAAUGUGGUCCUGAAUUCUGGUCUUGGUGGCAUGCGGCCAAACAUCGUCGUUAUCGAUCAGUUUCGCCGGGGUCAAUCCUUGGCCGAGACUCUACAGCCUUCUGGCCACAGGAAAGAUUCGAAUGGCCGGCGUAGCUCCCGUGACAGAAUCUCGGAAGUUUCUGAGCACGAGUCUCAAGAGUCAUCGAUAGAAUGCCAAAGCUAUGUGACGAUCCUGGAAGAUCUUCUCUUUAAACUGCGCAUCAACGUGGCCGUGGCGAAAGGGUUCGAGAAUUUGGAGUUGCCUGGUCCACAAGGUCAACACACGAAGAAAUACAUCGAUCUUUGGCCAAUCCAAAUGUCGGCAGAGCUUGGUGCUGAUAGCGAAAGCAAGAAAAAUGUGCUGACUACCAACUUUGAUACAUAUACCCUGAUACUUCAACUAGGGUGCAUCCUCAACACCGUACCGUCGUGGAAGAAAACCUAUGGGUUACGGGUGGCGGUUUUUGUGGAGUACGAGACUGACGUGGAUGAUGAGCGUGGCAGAGUUGAAGCACUUCUCGAGAAGCUAAGGAUUGAAGCCGAAGUUAUGGUCUUUUGGCUCGCAUGUGGCGAUGUCAAGGCGUAUCGAAUCAUAGUGAAUGGCGACUCUUCUCCCGAGACCGAAGACUGGCAAGAAAGGGUUCACACGACGAUGAAGGAUGAGGAAUGGUGGCAGGACAUUCAGGCAGCACGCAGGACCACGACAGAGUCCCCAAGCGAAUAUACUUCGGUCAAUCCUCUGGAGCGGGUCACCAGCUGGCAUGGUGCCUCCAGCCUUGACAAUCACCAGAAGCAUCCAAACCAACUAGUUGGUGGGUUAAGGAAGUUUGUUCAGUCCACGAGACGACGGCGCUCGAUUUCCAGCUUCCGAGGGUUUGGGGGCGUCAGCCUAGGCAUGCAAACGCACCGAUUGCUCGACGCUUUCGUGGAUUACGACAAAUCAGAAUCGUCUACAAGUGAUAGUGAUGAGAGCGAGUUUGAGCCUUAUCACAGUGACGAGGAGGGGGAGAAUAUCACCAAAGACUUCAGUGACGACGACAGCGUGGAGCCUGGGUCUGGACCAGGUUCGUCCCAUAAAUCCCGCAAGAAGAUGCCCAAAGAACCAUCUGGCGGAGACGAUGAUCGACCGAGAAUUCCAUCUAUCGUCGCUCCUGGCGAAGACGAAGACCCGGCCAAAAGUCAAACCAAACCUGCCCGACCCUCGGUGACUCGCUCUCCCUCUAGCAAUCGAUUUAGCUCGGCGCCCAUCCCCGAGGCCCGAGUCAAUACGGACGAAAACGCGGGCCCGUCCAUAAUGUUCGCACCCAGUUCAUCCCCGCCGCGGGGUGCUAACAGGAUGGAGUCGAUAUAUACGCGUCGUUCUUCCUCCGGAACGUCCAACCAGCAGGCGGCAUCGGGAUAUCCUCGACAGGCGUCCAUCCCGUUGUCGUUCAAUGACCUGCCCAGCCGCGCCCAGCAUCUCAUUCUGAACGAGUUAAUGGCUCAGCACAGUAGCGAUACGGCUGUGAUCUUCACGACACUUCCGGCUCCAUUCGAGGGUACCGCGCAAAGUGAGGCGACGAGUGAGUCGUACUUGAGUGAUCUGGAGGUUCUCUGGCAGGGACUUCCGCCUUGCUUAUUGGUUCAUAGCAACAGCAUGACUGUGACGAUGAACCUCUGACGACGUUAUGACCUUUAGAUAUCGAUGUAUACCAAGGGCGGGCAUAUUUUGCAAUUCUUGUAUAAAUCAUACGCGCAUGUUUAUUGCUGUAGAUAGCACCAAGGAAAUAAGGAAACGAAUUUCG